AUGCCUACAUGGGAGUCUUCUUCCCAAUGCUCAGGCUCCGGCAGCUCUUUCGAUCUCAGCCCCGGUCAGCGCUCUCCCAUUUUGGCCCCCGUCAACCCCCUCAUCAACCAGCGGCGAUUCGGCAUGUCAUUCCUGGGAAAAGCCAUCUUAUACGGUACUGCCUUCCAUCUUUGGAGUUCCUUUGUGCUUGUCCGGUUCGACGACGAUGAUACUCAGGAAGACAAGGCGGUCGCAAAGGCUGGAUCCGAGACAAAGGCCACCACACGUGCUGCCAGUAGGGCUGAUGCCUUGGCCGACGAAGCGUCCGGGGAGGACAACAGCGUUUUUAUUCCACUGACAUGGUCGUGGCUUGAAGAGAGCGACUACUACCGUGCUUCCGAUCCUGAAUGGCAAGAGUUCGUCAAGAUAUCCAAGGAUAAAAAGAAACUGCAGAAGUUACGAGAGGAGCUUGCGGCACUGGUCGUGAGAAGUGCUAAUGAAGUGAUGGCACCGGUCAUGGGAUCCCCGAUCACACUGACUGGCUUCUGGCUCGUUCACUCCUUCCCAUCGCGCGCUCCCCCACAAUAUGUCCGAUCCGGGAUCGAGAUCGAUGAUGAGGGCGUGUCCUGGGUAACAAAACCCUUGGACCCAGAUGUGGGUGACCGGAUACAGAGCGCCAUGAAACCGAUACAUGUGGCCCUUGCCAUCAAAGAUGCCUAUACUCUACUGGUCCGACGAAAAAUCGCACGACUGUUAAGCUCCGAGCCCCAACCUGUCGAUCCGUUGGAAGAACUAAAGGGCAGAUUCAUCCUCUCGCAUGGAGCACCCAGUACAAUCAACACUCGCGAACAAUCCAGGCCAGACUCUUCCAUCUCAGAGCAGCCCUCACAGAACAUCUUGCCCAACGCAGAACCCGAGCUUCACCCUUCAUCCAUCAUUUCCUCAUUACAGCGACUUCCGCUUCCAGACCUCGGCCCGGGGUCAGAUCUGCAACUGGCCUCCAUGGCAUUCAGGCUACGCAUGGAUGAAUACGAAGCACUGAGCCCGCGUUCACCACGCAGAGGAACCUUUGUCAUUUCAGGGCCCGUCGGUGUCAAGGGUCCUGAAGGGUUUUGCCGAUUUGAAGUGCGCGGCGAAUACGAUCCCGUGUCUUCUACCUGGCGGACGGUGGAGAUGGAAUUAAGGGAUGCUAAUCCUCGGUCGCAGAGGCCGGCUCCAAGUUUUUGA